UGAAAGAAAAAACUCUCCCACACACACCUACACAGGCUGUGCAUAAGGAAUUGCAUACGUAACAGUUAAUUGCGCAUUCGAUUAAAUCUUACGCAAUAUAUAUAUAUUUUAUAUUUAACCAAGCGGAAUACUGUGAGAGAUUCAGUGUAAGAGGCAGUGCAUCCUUAUCGAUCAUGUUGCCGAAUUUGAAGCCACGUCGCAUAACGGGCCUGCAGCUGGCCAGCAAGCAUUUGGGUCCGGUGGCCAAGUGCCCGCCCAGAUACUCGGAGGAGGAUUGGGACUAUAACAACAAGAUCAAGUUCCGGAUCACCUGCGACCAGGAGAAGCUCGCCGAGCGCAUUGUCGAGGAGUCGCGUCGCGUGGUCGAUGAGACGAAGGACACCACCAAGAACUGGCAGCGCGAGGUGGAGCAUCAUAUGCGCGAGCGCACCAGCGAGAUACGCUUCCUGGUCGAUGAGCUGAAUCGCCAGAAGAAGACGGCCGCUCUGGAGGAUGAGACGCUGAACACGUAUCGUAAUCGUGUACUGAAUGCCAUCGAGUUUUUCAAGGAGAAGUCACUGGCCAUAUGCAAGCAGUGCCUGAUCUUGCGCGAGGGUCGCAUUGGCGUCGAUCUCUGCGACGAUGAGGUGGAUCGCUCGCUGCGCCGCGAGCUGAAGGUCAUCAAGGGCUGCCAGGGCCUGGCCGAUGCUGCACUUAAGGAGGCCGAGGAGCAGAUACGCAAGCUGCGUGCGGCCAUGUAUCUGCUGGACCAGGAUCUGGCAGCCAAGGACAAGUCACUGGCAAUUGACGAGAAGAAUCUGAAGCUAAAGGAGUUUCAGCAGGACCUUGGCAAAGGUCAGGAUUUGUCCAAGCAGCACUGCCAAUUCUCGCUGACCGAGUGGCAGGCUCAGACCUAUGAGAAUCUGGAGGCAAAUGCCAAGGCUUUGGUGUCCGCCGGGCAGCUGCGUGCCUACAUUGAUCUGCUGCUGAAGCAGGUCUGUGAGGACAUGCAGAACCAGACGGAUCGCACCAAUGAGGCCUUCGAGCGUCGCAUCGCCGAGACAAAGCACGUGAAGCAGUGCCUGGAGAACAAGCAUAAGGAUACCAUGGAUCACAUCCAUCAGGUGCAGCGCAACAUGAACGAACUGGAGCGCGAGAUGUCCGACAAGCAGCGCGCCAUCACACUAUGCCAGACGCGCCUCAGCAAUCGUGCCCAUCGGCCAGGUCUGGAGCUGACCUGUGACAUGGUCCAGGACGCGCUCUACAAUGAGCUGCAGGCCCUUAAGGCCUCCGUCUGCAAGCUGAACCAGAAGCUGAACGAGAACAAGGCAUCCAUGCGCUAUCUCAUGCAUGUCCAGGUCAUGCAGGAGGAGGAGAUCAACAUCAAGGCAAACAGCUGCAAAAUAGACGAGGUCGACUGCAUGACCCUGCGCCAGGCACUCAAAUACACAUCGUUCUAGUCCUUCCACUAGUCCACUUCGACCAGUUCUCCACACACCAUAACUUAAUCAAAUUCAAAUUUAAAUUGCAUGUGCAUUACCAAAUUAUCAACAUGUGCAUGGUUAAUAAAUUGAAAUUC